GAAGAAGAUGGCCAACAUGAAAGUCAUCUCCUUUGCUCUGCUCGUCGUUCUCCUCCUGUGUGUUGACAUGGGAGAAGCGAAGGGAAAGUCGUUGUGUUGCAAUACUCACCCAAAGUUCGGUAGGUGCGACACAGAGGAUGACGAAGACAGAUGCAACCGGUGGUGUCUCGACGGCUGCGAUAACGGCAGGGGCGGUUGGUGCAAACCUCUCUCUCAUCGGAGAAAACAAUGCCACUGCUAUUGCUGA